GUGAGAGUCGCGCAACUUAGGCUACCCCGCGGUUCGAACUGUGAAUUUGGACAGCCUGUAGUAAGCUAAUCUAGUUUUUUUUUUAAAUGUCUGUAGUAUGCCUGUUUGGACAUAACACUCCUGAUAUUUGAUGGCUGUCAAGGUCUUCUUACAAAGGGAAUCACCAUCUUAUGAAGAUCAAUUUGUCCAUCAGUUUUGAAUCUGCCAGUCAAGUGAAAUGGCUGAGGCGGCACUUCAAGAUCUUUAUCAGUGCUCUGUGUGUCUAGAUACACUGAAGGACCCGGUCACUACACCCUGUGGACACAGUUAUUGUCAGAAAUGCAUCAGCGAUUACUGGAAUCAGGCACCUCAGACAGGUGUGUAUAGUUGUCCUCAGUGUAGAGAGAAAUUCAGCCCAAGACCUGCUCUGAAGAAGAAUACUGUCUUGACUGAACUGAUAGCCCAAAUCAAGAUUUCUUCUGCUGGACUGUCCUAUGCUGAACCAGGAGACGUGGAGUGUGAUUUCUGUGCAGAUAUAAAGCUCAAGGCCGUGAAAUCCUGUCUAGUAUGUCUAGCAUCUUUCUGUGAGACCCAUGUCCAACCUCACUACAAAGCACCUGCCUUCAAAAGGCACGACCUCAUUGAGGCAUCUGUGCACCUCCAAGAGAAGAUCUGCCCUAACCAUGGCCGUCUACUCGAGAUGUUUUGCCGUACAGAUCAGGUGUGCAUCUGCAUGAUGUGCGCUACAAAUGACCACAAAGGCCAUGACCUGGUCUCAACAGCUGCUGGAAGUCAGGAGCAGAAGAUAACUCUGGGGAAGGUGAAGAAGACUUCAAUGGACCAAAUUCAGGAGAGAGCGAAGAAGCUGAGUCAGCUGAAAAAUGCUUUAGUGUUUCAUCAGCGAUCUGCUGACACAGCAGUUCACCACAGUGAAAGGAUCUUCAGUGAGUUACUGCAGUUCCUCAUAUCAAAGGGCACUGAGCUGAAUGAGAGGAUCAGAGACCAGCAGGGGGCAGCAGUUAGCCAAGCUGAACCCGCCAUUAAGUGUCUGGAACAGGAGAUAACUGAGCUGGAGAAACAGCAGGGUGAUCUGGAGCAGUUGUCACGAGAGGAGGAUCACGUCCAGUUUCUCCAGAGUUUCAUGACUCUCUUACCAGCUCUGAGGUCUACACAUGCACUUAGUACAUCUACCAGUCCAAGCCUUCCAUUUAAUGAUCCCAGUGGUUCUCUCUCUGUCUUCAAAGAAGAGAUGGAACAACUUUGCAAGCGUCAUGUGAAGGAAAUAACCGUGAGGCUUCAGGAGCCUCUUAGAGAACCAGUAUGUGGGUCCAAACCAUUAGUGCUUAACCAUUGGCUUCGAUAUGACCGGGAGUUUUUACUGGCUUUUCAGUUUAUGCCACCUUGUUUGCAGAAACCACAUGGACUACCACAAAUCAGUAACGUGGUGCUGGACAAUGCUACACAUCCGAAGUGUUCUCUCUCUAUCCUCAAAGAAGAGAAGGAACAAUUCUGCAAGAUGGAAAUACCAGAUUGCCACCAGGAGCCCCUCAGAGAACCAGUGUGUGGGUCCAAACCAUUGGUGCCCAACUGUAGGUUUCAAUAUGACCGGGAAUUUCUACUGGGUAUGCGGUUCAUGCCAGCUUGUUUGCAGAAACCACCUGGACUACCAUGCAUCAGUGAUGUGGUGCUGGAUAAGGCCUACGCCCCGCGCCAGACAUGGCAGAACAAGCCAUUGAACCCGUCAGAUUCUAGAUACAUCUUGGAGGGAAAAGAAGGUCAACGCAAUUUGUGGUGUGUCAACACAGAGGCACAAGGCCGGGGGCUGGAAGAAACGACUGGAGGAAGAAUAUUGGGAUACGCACAAGAUGCCCCUUACAUACCACCCACCAUACAAGAUGCCCCUUAUCUACCACCCACCAUACAAGAUGGCCCUUAUCUACCACGCACCACAAUUCUCCCGGUGCCACGCAAUCCAUGCUUCCGUCCCUUGUUCCAGGGUCCCCCACCUAGGGGUGCCUCAUAUGGCCCACCAAGCUGGGUGCGCUUCCAAAGGCCCCAUGGCCAGCCUCAUGGCAAGCCAUAUCACUUCUGACAUCAUGUUACGAAGGGAGUUGGUUUACAGAUCAGAAUCCCAGUGUGGUACCCCAGCAGGACUUCUGGUAUCAACUGAUUGACAUUCUAUUUCAUUAAAACAGUUUUUUAAUGAUAGAUGAUUCCUGAUUGAAACUGCUGGUCUCUGAUUUCUAUUUCUUUUCUUUGUGUGUUGAAGCUAUACAUUUAACCUUGUGAAGAUUAGAAAAAGUGCAAAAUUCAAAUUCCUACAAUUUACUGCAUUAACUGCUGAAAACAUUUGUACUUUUGGUAACACUUUAUUUUAGGGAUACAUCUAUUAGCACUAAU